AUGGUUGGACGACUUUCUGGAAAGAACGCCAUCAUUACAGGCGCAGCUGGCGGCGUCGGCCUCGAGUCCACCAUUCUGUUCCUACAGGAGGGCGCCUCCGUCCUCAUGACAGAUGUCAAUGCCGCAGCCCUCGAAAAGGCCCUCUCCAAGGUCAAGAGCGUCGUCACCACCAUCCAAGGCAAAGUCGACACAAAAGUCGUCGAUGUCUCCAAAGAAGACCAAGUCGAGGCUGCUGUAGCCUUCGUCGAUGGCUGGGGCGGCGUUGAUGUCAUGUUCAACAACGCUGGCAUCAUGCACCCUAAGGAUGGCGAUUCAGAAGAGUGCCCCGACGACAUCUGGGACUUGACCAUGAACAUCAACGUCAAGGGCGUGUGCAUCAUCAACACAGCCUCCAUGGUCGCCAUUGUCGGUUCGGCCACGCCUCAAGUUGCCUACACUGCAAGCAAGGGCGCUGUCUUGGCUUAUACGCGUGAGAUGGCCAUUGUUCACGCGCGAGAGGGCUUUCGCUUCAACUCUCUUUGUCCCGCUCCCUUGAACACUCCCAUGCUCCAAGAGUUCCUCGGAGACGACAAGCCCAAGCGCUUCCGUCGCGAAGUCCACUUCCCCACGGGUCGUUUCGGCGAGGCCAUUGAGCAGGCUCAAGCUGCGGUCUUCCUAGCAAGUGACGAGAGCAGCUUCGUCAAUGCUCAUGACUUUGUCGUAGACGGUGGCUUAACAAAGGCAUACGUGACGCCCGAGGGCCCAGCGACUGCAGCGCCUCAAAACCAGGGAAAAUAA